AUGGCCUUAAUAGGAUUACCUUGUAAUGAUGUUACCAUAAUUGGAUUACUUAUAUUUGAGAACAACAAGGCUACCCAAGCAUCUAAAGAUUUACGGCAAGUCAAAAGCAUGUGCACUCUUGGUUUAGCUCUAAACUAUGGAGAAGCGUAUGUCAAAACAAAAAAGAUCGACAAGCAGGCUGUAUUAAACAGAGAGGUUUCAAAUGGAGAUCUCAUCGAUUGUGUUGAUAAAAGAGAAGGAGAAGCUUUUUGUAACUCUCUUUUGAGAGGCCACAAAAUUCAGGGAGAGCCUAAACAAUCUCUAAGAACAAAGAAGUAUCAGUUGAAGAGUAGAAGUAACAAAACAUCUCAAAUUUGGUCGAAAAAUGAGACCCCGUAUCCCAAGGAUCAUACUGCUCCCAUACGACAUAGCACAUAUGUUAAUACUAUGCGAGCAAAUUCUACAUCUAAUUUCAAAAGGAAACAACACUCUUUCUAUCGUCAACUUCGAGUUACUGGAGAGCAUGAGUUCGCAACCGCUAUUUAUCACGAACCACAAGGGGUUUACGGGGUAGCAGCAACUAUAAACUACUGGAAGCCAUCAGUUGAGAUGGGGGCUAGAAGCAAAGAGUAUAGUAGCGGUUUUAUUCGAAUCAAAUCAGGAACAAACGACAAUUUCGACCUUAUUGAAGCUGGAUGGCAUGUCUUCCCAUGGUUUUAUACUGAAGAGGGUGAUACUGUAGAAGAUGAUAAAACAAGAUUUUUUAUUUUCUGGACUAAUGACUCGAGGAAUGGAUUGACAUGCUACAAUGUCGAGUAUUCUGGAUUUGUGUUGGAAGGUAGUGUAGAACCGGGAAGUGAAUUUUAUCCAACGUCUGUAUAUAAUGGUGAGCAAAGAGAUAUGUUUCUCGGAAUAUGGAAGGAUUCCCGGGCAGGACGAUGGAAGUUGAUGUAUAAUGAUAUAGUGGUGGGUCAUUGGCCGGAAAACUUGUUUACUCACUUAAGAACAAGAGGCACCCAUGUGGAAUGGGGUGGUGAGGUGUUUAACACGAAAAAUGAAGGCAGAUUCACAUCAACAGAAAUGGGUUCUGGUCACUUUGCACACGAGGGAUAUAGAAGAGCUAGUUAUUUCAGAGACCUACAAGUUAAAACUUCAGGUACUGGAAAUACUUGGAUUCCAGUCUCAAGACAAAGACUUAGCGUACACACGACUAGCCCCCGGUACUACACUUUCCAGUUUGAAUCUAACAUUGGUGGUUCUGGCCAUGAUGGCUUCUUCUAUGGAGGUCCAGGCAACAACAACAAUCCUUCGUGA